AUGAUUUUGACGCGCUGGGACGAAGUAGUAAGCGCUGAUACUCAAGUACAAAAUAUUCAAACAUUGGUGGAAGAGUACGACAGACUUGUUACAGCUACAAGACCGGUUUGGAAGGAGCAGUUGCGAUAUUUAAUCACUUUGGGUUUAUUCCUAAAAAACCGUAAAGGGAAUGCAUGGUUAUAUUUACUAGUACUUUGGAAGCUAAUAUCAGGCUCAUUUUCUCAAAGCAGAACCAAUUUACUUCGAAAAAUUGAACGCGUUGGUAAUGGAUUUUUCACUAUUAUCGCCUUGUUUAAAGGUCUUGUUGCAUUUCGGGGCCAAAAAACUUUUGUCAAUAUGAUUCAAAGUUUUCUCAGUACUGAGAACAUACUUCCAAACUUUGAUGCUCAUCAUGAAGGACCCACAGGUAUAAUUGACCAAACAAUUCUUAUGCGACGAAUUAUCAUGGGUCUAUUUGACGGCUUAUUCGAAACCCGUCUCCCGGCGACCGUAUGGUUCAAGUAUAAAGAACUUCAAAGCACAGCAAAAAAAAUUGACUGCCAGCCGAAUGAAUGUGCAUUCUGUAUUUUACGUGACGAGGACAACGCUACUCUCACAAAUCCAUACAUUGCUAAUUGCGGCCAUACCUUUUGCUAUGCCUGUGUCAUGUCACGAAAAGAGCUAGUCGUCAAUUUAACUUGUCCCAUAUGCUGGGCCAAGAUUCAUCGUUGCAUCCCAAACACCCAAUAUGGCUAA